UUUCAAAUUCCAAUGAUCAAGUCACCCUUGGACAAGAUCCAGUUGACUCCUGGACAGACAUUACCUCCUGGAUUCCCUGGACAAUUCAUUUUUGCUGAUAGUUUGUCCUCUGUGGAGACUCUGUUGACCAACAUUCAGGGCCUACUGAAAGUGGCUUUGGAUAAUGCUCACAUCCAGGAGAAGCAGAUUCAACAAGAAAAAAAGGAACUACGAAUGGAGCUCUAUAGAGAGAGAGAAAUUAGAGAAAACCUUGAAAGACAACUCGCAGUUGAACUUCAAAGCAGAACUACCAUGCAAAAGCGUCUGAAGAAGGAGAAAAAAGCCAAGAGAAAACUGCAGGAAGCCUUGGAAUUUGAAACAAAACGCAGGGAACAAGUGGAACAAGCACUUAAGCAAGCCACUACUAGUGAUGGUGACUUGAGGAGGUUGAAAGAUACUGGAAUUCCAGAUAUUGAAAUAGAAAAAAAUGGGACUUCUCAUGAUAGUACCUCUAUUCAAGCCUGAACACUGAUGACGGAACUCCAACUGAUCAUAAGCACGAAUAGAGUGCUGUAAAAGUUACCUGCUUGUCUAGUGCUGUAAUUCUUUAGAAUUAAUACUCAAAUUCUUAAAAUAUGGAACCUUCAAUUACUAUUUGUUCAUUACUGAUAAAUAGAACCUUGCACGUACAGGAAAAAUGUGCUAGAGAAUGGGCUUCACAAGUUUUUAAGGAAUAAUCAUAAUGAUGAUAGAACAUGAUACUUUACACUUCUAUAACCCCUUUCUUCCAUGGAGCUCAUAGUGCUUCAUAAACGUUAUCACAGUAAUCCACACAGCAUCCUAGUGGGGUAAGUAGGUGCUAGAAUUUUUAAGACAGAGAAAAUGCUAUUUCUAAAUGGUGUGACAGAAAUUUAAAUGUAGACCCACUUAAGCUGUCAUUACUAUGAAAUAGCUUUAUAUUUGCCUGACCUGGGAUUUAAUAGGAAGUGUGUGAGGAGAUAACGCACUUGUGCAAAUGACCAAUAUUUGUUAUCACUGCUUUGGGGCUCACUUUUCUUAAAAAAAAAGACAGAAACAAACAAAAAGCACGUUACCUGUAGUGUUCUCCAAGGGAAUAUAGACAGAUCUAGUUUGUAGAUUUUACCAUACCUAGUUCUUCCUUUGAUCUGUUAAUGUAAAGCAAAUCAUUAAAUCUCUACGAGCACAUUCAUUAUUUGUAAAGAAGGCAAUAAUAAAAAAUAUAGCCAAGCUACUAAAAAUACCCCUUUUAUUCUUUUCUACUCUCCUCCUAUCUCCAAUCCUGCUACCUCUUUAUUAAGUAAUCAACAACUAACCAGACUGAAAAAUGUAUAGACAUAAGAAAGGAAAAAGGCAGACAUGAUGGAUCGGUAACAUCAUUAUUUUCCGUUGUUCACCUCCUGAUCUAGAUAUGACCAGAUGCCUAAGAUGUUCCAGUAAUUAGAACCAAAUGGGUCAUUUGUCUGAAUUGUCCAGGAAAUUCCCUCAAAUAUUUUUAACCAUUUACUUAAUGGAGACAUGACUAAAGACCUGUCAUCAUUAUGGUGGCAAUACUUGUCAUCAUUACGUCCAUGCCUCUUAAGAAUCUAAUAAAGCAGUAUUCCAAUGUGUUAAGUGGCAUCUAGUGAUCAAAAAUUUUUAAUGUCUCAUCCUAUAAUGCCCUCCUUACACCAAACAAAAUCUAAUCUGUUAUGUUAUUUUUACAACUGCCUAGAAUUAAAUUCUGAUGUGACAAAAGCACCACUCUUAUGUAAAAGGCCAAUUCUGUUUUUAAUACAUUCUCCAAUAAUCAGUUCCCUGUGGAAGUACAUGCAAUUUCUGCUGUAAUGACCACCUACUCUACACAUUUUAAAAUGUUACAUUAAUUAAUAUUAAUGUGACAUUUUAGUCAUUCCAUACUCCGAAAAAAUUUCUUCUAAGACACAGGAAUUUGGCUUCUUGUGCUCUUGAUAGACUGUAGAAGGUCUACUUGUGUAGAGUAGGUGUGCUAUUUUAACCUAAUUCAGUGAAAUAAGAUCAGAAAUAAGUCAUGGACAGAGGCAAAUAAAAUUUUUAAAACUUGUUUUAAUAUCAAAUGUCUGAAUUGAAUAACAAAAAGGUAUGACUAAAAAUAUAACAUCCAGAAAUGUCUCAUUAUUUGAUAGUCAAACAGCAUAAAAACAAACUAGCGUCUUUUUACAAAUAGAUAUGUUUAAUUCAUUUUGAUUGAACUAUAAUAAAUCCUCAUAUGUUUUGUUCUAGUCCUUUCCCACAUAUUUGCCUUUUUUGUAACACCUGAUUUUAGCUUUUUCCUUUCAUAAGUUUAAGAUGUGUGACACAGAAGGCCAAUCUCACACUUUCUGAGUUUGUAACAACUUGGUGUGGCCUUUUAAACAUAACUGAUAAGCAGAAGCUCAUAUUCAGACUCUUGUGCCAUGGUGCAUGUCCAUGUCAGGCAGUGCUGUACUAAGGGAAGGACUAUAUGGGCCAAUUUUUUAAUGGUCACAUUUGUGUAUAUCACAUUCACCCUUUUACUUAUCUGGUAAAUCUUAAUGGAAUAAACUGUGUCAGCUCUUCCCAAAUGUCAUUGUGUAUCACUCCUUAUAAAUUUCCAAUCUCCAUAACAUUCCUCUAGAGAGGUUUUGUUGGUUGCUUUUCCUGAUCUUUAAUCUUAUUUAUAUCUAGGGUGCAUAUUAUAGCAUUUCUUUUGGAAGCCAAGUACAAAUCCUGUUAAAAACAUGAGACAUUUAAUUACUAAUUAGCUGUUUCCUGUUCCUAAUGAAGUGAGCAUGCUGGGUUUGGAUUGAAAUUCAGCUUUUGCUCUCCUCUAUUUAUGGUUCCAGAUGUUUUCUUUUAUCUAGGAGUUUACUUUGACAGCUACUACUAAAUGAUAAAUCACUCAUUAUAGCUAAAAUGUAUUUUGAAAUUGAAAUGUGGCAAACUUUGAGAUUGUUCCAAGGAUCAGUGUCAGUUAGCAGGUCAAUGUUGGCUUUUUCCUGAUG